AUGAGGCGUGGUGACGAAGAGGGAGUAUCCUCAGCCUUUGUGCCGAAGUUAAGUAUCAACAGGAGCAGCGAGUCCUACCAGGACCCCUCCAGCUCGGACUACCGCAGCUACGAGGGCAGAGCUCCAGCCGCCGCUGCCGCUGUCGAUGGGACUCGACGCCACAACGCCAACUCAAGCGGUGCAAACAGUGGAAGGGGCACUACCAGCUACGACUAUGGUGGCUAUGACCAGGGAUCCCCACAGUCGCGCAACAACAGCACGUUCUUUGGCACGAACUUACACAAGGCAAACGAAGGCGCAGGCAUGCCGAGACCUGAGGCCCCCUACAACAGCAACAUUGUCAAGGGAUACAGCAGCAACAACAACAGCACCAGCAAUAGCAGAAAUAACAAGAACAAAACCUACAGUGCUCCCCUUGCCACUUAUGUGGAUGCGCGUACAGGAAUGCGUGGUUUUUCGCGCGAAAGAGGCCGGAGCACCUCCGCACCAGCGAUGGUGCGUCGCGUCUUACGCCGCGACGCGGAGCAGUAUGCCCUCAGCGAGCCGCCCGAGUCGUCGCUGGAUAACAUCUCCUCCUCUUCCACGACUUGCUCUGGGGAGACGAGCUCGUCGGAUGCGGAGUCGACGCUUUUUGACAUCGACGCGGAGCCCGUUGUGCCUGUGGAUGUGUUGUGCGCGUCGCCGUCGUCGUCGCCGCAGGCCUUCGCAUGGGCGCGGCACCCGCGCCACGUCAUUGUGCUGAGCCUCCUGCGUAGUCGCGGUAUGUUCCUGCCGCGGCACAUAGCUCUCGCUGACUACCACAUGUCGGAGGCCUUCCUGCACUACAUCGACCUCUGCUGCCGCGGGUCGUACUUUGUCCGCUACCAGGCCAAUUCGUCGCCAAAGGAGCGUUUCUUCACCAUUCGCAUGAUCCCGCGUGAUUUGACGUCGCGCACGGCGGAGAGGGUCCCGUGCCUGGCGUGGACGAUGCACCGCACAGGGGUGCAGGUGGUGGGCUUUGUGCCACUGGAGCAGCUCGUGGGAAUCACAGUGAACGUGCGAUCCGCAUCGUUUCGCCCACACAUGACGACGCCGCAGACAAUUAAGGGCCCGCGGGUGAACAGCCAACGCGCGCGCCUGCCAACAAACGGUGCGUUUUCGCUGUGGUUUUGUGAUCGCAGCCAGCGUACCGCAAGGAGCGUGGACCUCCUCACAUGCAACCCGACAGUAUUGGAAGUUUGGAUGAAUACGUUUAAGGGAUUUGUGAGUGUCAACAGCUCUUCACUUGUUCAUGUACCGCUGACGAGUGAGGGCAUUUCAACUGAGUUAGACGAACUGACGCGAGAGGCACAGAAUCAGGUCGCAAGGGAAUCGGAGCAACUUCCCACCUAUCGAUAG